AUGUCUCAGCCGCAAUUAACCACCGACCUGGAUGUCCCGAAGAGUCCGCAACACCCUUGCCAGUGCUCCGCGAUGAGCAGCAUAGAUUCCAUGAGGACGCAGCGAGACAGGGCGGAGAGGAGCGUCGGAAGUACAAGAAUUUCCAACAAUCAAGAACUCCCUAGGGGUCUGGAGGCACUGCAGAGUGCUUUCGAACCAAUAAGAAGACUGGAAAGUCCACUAACGCAUCAAGAAAGCCAACAGAUCAAUUUGGAGAAUACCAGGAACGUCGAUAUCUUGGAGCAUCAGGCCGGGUUAUCGCCGAACGCAAGAUCGAUCGACGGUCAAAGCGCGAUUUUGUCGAGGCACAGUCACAAUCUUUCAUGCAGCCCGAGGAACUUGGACCUCUCUCGAAACUUGGCGUUCGAGGCUGCGCGAAGAGUUCAGGAAUCCAGCAACUUGCAGGAUAACCAGCACAGUCUAACUUCCAGCCCUAGCCCUUUGUUAGAGUCUAGUUCAGCCCUGCUGGAGCCGGCCGCGAAGGAUCUCGACAAGCAACUCGAGGAUCACGCCGGGUUAUCGCAGAAGCCGACCGCUUCGAGCAAAGAUAAGCUGAAGAAUAUUCAGCAGGUUUUAAAUCCUUAUCAACACCAUCACGAGCCGACAUCGGCGGAACGUAACGUCCACGGACAUUUCCACGGUGACGCUCACGCGCACGUUCACAAGCAUGCCGACAAUUUCCGAAACACCACGAAUUUGGAUGUCGGAGACGGUCUGAUGGGAUUUCAGCAACACCAGCGACAACACACUCAUCAUCACCACGGAAACACCAAAACUACGAACGUGACCCAUCAUCACGGGCCGGCGACCGUGCAUCAUCCGCUCGGUCCGCAAGCAAUGACCGGACAUCAUCAUGGAAAUCUGGCGCCUAGCCUGACCAGUCACGUUCACGGGACCACCGUACCUUUAACUAAUCCCGGUUCGAAUCACGGUAGCCAAAACGCACCGGGAAAUCCAGCUACCCAUCAUCACCCUAAUCCGAUACCGAGAAAUUCACCGACAAGUCAUCAUCGUCUCGGCGGUGCCGCUACUCUUUCCGGUCACUAUCCCCCGAACUCAGGUUUUUCCAGCGAUCACCAUGGCACUUGCAGCGCGAUGAGCGGAGCAUCAUCGAAUUCGAGUAUGUUAAAUCACGGGGGUUCGCCGGCGGUGCAUCGACACGUAGUCAAUACGAAUAGUAGCCUUUCAACUACGCCGCUCGCUAGCCAUCACCGCGGCAGCUCGUCUGGCAGUUUAACCGGCCACUCUAGCGUGAAUCAUCAUCAUGUCAGCUCUGGCAUAUCCUGCGAAUCUUCCUCGUCGAACGCCAAUACGAGAACGCACAGUCGUUUGGAUCACGUCCACGAUCAUCAUCAUCAUUUACAACAAGUGCAUUCGUUGCACACCGGCCACCCCGAGUCCCGGCAAAGAGACAGAGCUCCAUCGAGUCUGGAGCAUCACGGGCAUCAUCACGGACACGUGCACAGUCAUGGUCAUCAACAUCCGUCGAACAACGAUACCAAGAAUACGUCUCUUAUCGGGGUAGAUUCGAUACAGGUAUCGUCACCGUCGAAAAGUAAGUGUCAAUGUCACGUGAUGCAAACUGGAGGAAACAAGCGAGGACAAGAGGGUGAAAGCGACGGCGGUGUUGAAGUGACAUCGAGAACGCAUCAACCUCCCGCGCUUCCGCCUCGUCCACCCCCUAGGCCAACCAGACGAUACGAAACCACAUCCGUCAAUCGAUGCCAUACAGGCGAAGAAGGUCGCUGCAAGAAGUAUGUUGUCCUUUGUUGUGUUUGCGGUGGGUUCAGCGCUGCGGUUGGUUGUCUCUUUUUGGCGGUACACGCGGUCCUUUCAGCCCACACGGCCAGUCUAGCUCUCUUUGAGACUGUACCGUCGUACAUUCCUGGCAUUAUGUUAAUUUUAAUGGGUCUACUCACGAUGCUGCUAGCUAGGCGGAAGCAUAGAUAUGGACUACUGAUGAAAGUCUGCGGAUCCGUCGGCGUGGUGUGCGCGCUGGUAUGCAUGCUCGUUACUGUGACGACAACGGUGAUACACAUGUCUCGACUGCAAGGCCUUCGAAAAUGCGUUUACACCGCCAAAGCAAAGUCGUGCACCUGUUACGGAACGCCAGAAGAGGAUCCGGGAGUUCGGUUCGAGGGCACGCCUCACUGCGAGGCAGUUCACGGUGCUCUACACGCCUGCUUGAGAGCCCUGUUUGGCGUUUCAGUCGGUGGAAUCUUGGCUUGUAUAUUCUCGUGCAUGCUUGUGUACCAGUUACUAAGUCACGAGAAGAAGAAGAUGUACUGGGAACAGUUGGAGCUCAGAUGCAGAUCCCUGUACGGGCAAGGAGGCACCGUGGGACCAGCGACUGGUUCCUGUGGAUGUUGCAACGACUGCGGCGGUGCCAGUCCUUGGUGGACCCAGACACCCGGAAACCUUUACACACCCAACCCUGAUUUAGCACCGUCAAGGAGAUGGCGACUGCCUUGGUCGAGAUCCAGAGGACCAGCCCCGAGUCCAGACUCGAAUUACGGAUUUCACACUCAAGCUAGGCAAACGGAAGCAAACGUAGAGAACGCGAACGGUCCCUACAGCGUACUUAAUUCCCAAUCGAGCGGUCCCUACUCCGUACUAAACACGCAAAACGGACCGUACACUCCGAGUACAGCUUCUUACAGUGUUUUGGAAACUCCAGUGCCUUUAUGGGGUCCGCCGCCACCUUACAGCGAUCCCAACAGUCCCGCUAGGCGACCGCAAGUGACCGAACAAAGACCCAGGAUUACCAAACGGAUAGAGAACUUCGAAAACAAUGAAGAUCACAGACCAAGAUCCACAAAACGUCCUUCCGAUAAUUACGAGAAUGCUGAGGAAAUAUCGAACAGUACCGACCCGGAAGGAGGCAACGAGGGGACUAUAAAGGGCCGAAGAAUCAGAAAACCUCUAAAAGGAGUAGAAAACGGCGCCUUCCAACAGGAAGCGAAUCCUGGACCGAAACAGUCUGAAAGCGAACUAUAUUUUGGUGACGUUUCCUCAUGUUGUGGGCCUGAGAGUAGUUUCUACGAUUUAGCUGUAGAGAAAGAAGCUGCGGAACACCCAGAGGGUGUAGAUUAUCUAGCAGCACGUUUGGGUAAACGGCAAUUGUCGAAACGAUCCAGAAUGCCUCUGCCAUUGCCGUCGGACAAUGGCGAUAUUCCAUCCGACAGUUACGCAAACAGUGACGAGCCAAGAAGCACCAGAGGACCAUUCUUAGCACCCGACGCACAAUACGAGGUCAUCCAACAAAGUCGAUAUUCUUAUUACACGUCCAAGGAUGACGAACAAUUGCAAGAAGGCCCAGCAACUUCAGGAUACUUUCGGGAGGAGGAUCCCGAUAGAAGCAGAGAACGUGAUUACAGGGAUUAUAGGAGCAGUCAAGAGGAAGAGACACCCCAGUGUUGUCUGAGCGAUUCGACCACACUAGAUUCAGGUUGGCAAAGUGGCGAACAGCAACAGUCAGAUGACAAUGUUCGACCCGUGAACGUGUAAAUCGGAAAUGGUUUUCUGCACGGUAAUAUUAAAUAAUGGUACGACAGAACGAAGAGGAAAGGCCGGAACCUCAAUCCAGUACAAUAAAUAUUUUGACGAUAAAAGCCACGUCCAUCUAUACAUAUAGUCGAUUGUUUAUCUGUUCGGAGAUCUUCCAAGAUUCGCACAUGCUACGAACUGCUGUCAACUAGAUAGGUAAUUGUCCAAGUAGUACACAAUGAUGGUGAUAAGAACACAAAUCUGAGAUUACCGUAUUCAUAAUAGAAUUUAAGUGAUGUGAUUUGUGGUUCGUUAGUAUAAGACGCAAACCUUAACCGUUAGAUGUUUAAGUAAAUUAAAAAGAAACGCAUCGCGUUUAUAAUCGUGGUUCUUCCACGAUUCAAUGUAUUACUACAAGUCUGAAAUUACGAAUAACAAACUCUAUGUCAGAAUACUUGUGUGAAAAAUCCUAUUUAACAAUGUAUUUUUGUUUAUCAAAUGAUGUCGUCCAUGUUGUUCGUAACGAUAAUCUUUGAUGUACGUAUUACAGAGACGCUCGGGAAAACAAGCUAGUUUCAUAGAUGAUGUGUCAAAGGCAACAAUCUCCGAACAAGGGAAUCGGAAACAUUUUCGAAAAAUUGUAACGGAACUCGUUCCGUCGAUGGAGACUUUUGCCUUGACGAUACGUUAGAAACGUCCAUGUACAAAUGUGUGCUUUACUCUUGCCAAUAUCUUGCUAGAUGUCAGCUCGAUUUCGCACGUAGACGUUAAUUAUUGCGAAAUAUUUGCCACUAAGCGUUAUGAGUUCCAAUUUGAGCACGUUCUGUGAAUUCUCGGUCACUGCCAUUCGAACGUCCGUUCCUUUCUCGCGACCAUUCAGGGAAACGACAGAAUGUUUUCGCACGUCUACAAUUUCUUACGGAUUUAGCAAAUUCCGUAUUCAACAAUUUACAAUUUUCUAAGGGAAAUCAAGGUACAUCGUAGUAUGCAAACGAAUAAAUGAUUAUGCUCGUGGUCUAUGUUAGCUUCAUCGAGCAUUUUACGUUGCGUAGGGCCGCAUUCGCUUUCAAACACAAAAUCCAAUGGACCAAGAACAAUAUACAUAUAUACGUACAUAUAGAAGAGAUCGAUCGUACUGAGAAUUAAUAAUACAGAUUAGGUACAUCAUCGAUCGCCUAUUGCCGUUAUCAAUUGUUCGUUAACGUAACACAAUGAAACAAAUGCAGAUAUUUUAUAAUCGGGAUACGAUAAAGGAAAGGCCAGCUUAGGAGAAUAAUUUAACGUUGUUUACUCAAUAAAGUGUACCUUAAGAGCGAUACGUAGCAAGUCGGAUACAUUGUCGAACGAUGUAACUAUAAUUAUAAAAAUAAAGCUUUGUUUUGUAAAGAAA